AUGCGGUGGAUUAGCAGCACUGGCGCCGGAGUUUUGUCGUUCUACUCCCUGGGCGAUGGCGUGCAGCAUGUGCUCCCGUUUCUGCCCGAGGAGGUGAACGAAGAUGAGAUCGCGGUACGCUAUUCCCCCUGCUCCUCGCCCCUGGGCAGGGCGGAUGUCGCGUCUCCAGGCAGCCCCCUAAACUUCUCGUCCUCCCCGCCGACUCCAGCGGGCGACGCAGAGCUUCAGGCUUUGCGGCCGAAGCCAGUGGGGCUUUUCGCUGGUGAGGCAGCGGGCGCCGCAGGGCUCGGGCGACGCGAAAGGGAGCCAGUCGCGUCGAGCCCCUCACAGGACGCGGUGCCGCCAUCCGAACACCGAGCAGCGUCUGGGGGGCAACGCGGCGCGUCAGAGGAGACUCCGGGGUCGAGCGCUGCCGGGCGCCUUCCGCGUUGGGCGAUUCGAAAAGCGCCGAGUCUCGGCUACGUCACAACGUGCAUAUUCAGUGGGGGUUGGGGUGGAUACGAUGAGAGUGAAGUGACGUUUGGAACGACCGAAGGCUGCGUCGCGGCGCUGCCGGCCUUGUGGCCGAAGGCCGCUCCCUGUGAGUCGCAUCGGCUGGCGCGCUGCAAGGGGGAGCAGCCAAGAGGGAAUCGGCAGAGCUCGCGCGCCGGCGGGAGUUCACAGGACGGCGAAGGGCGAGGCGAUUUCCAUCCGUUCCCAUCCUCUCAUGUUGCUUGCCCUGCCCGUCGCCGAGUCUCCCUGCCGUACACCAUUCAGCAUCUUCAGAUGCUCGGAGUGCACACACCCAGCCUCGCUGCGUCCUACCACGCAGAGCUGUUCGAUCAGGGGUUCAACGUUCCAUCUGCCGCUGACGGAAGGCACCCGCAGGGAUGCAAAGUCAGCCAGAAUUCGUGCUGCUGCUGGCCUUCAUCGAACGAGUCACGAAUAGAGACCCGUUCUUGCUGCGGGGCCUGCGUGAGUUGCUGCUGCGAAUCUCCGCCGCCCCUCGCGUUGGAUCGCGGCCCGCGCAGCGCGCUCUUCGCUUGUUCUGCCGAGCGCGUCUUCCUGCCGUCUCUCGAGGCCUCCCUGCCGGGGUUUUCGUCUGCGUUGGCGUCUCGGGGCGGGUGCUGUUGCUCCGCUGUGCGUCGCUUCUUCUCCUCUGAUCGCCUCCUUCUUGCACUAGAUAAAGGCGGCAACGGCGUGGUUUGUCAGUGGUCUUCUGUGCCCGCGGAGGCCGAGGGAGGUGGCGAAGCGCCAACCGGAGGCGAGUCGACAGAUGACCCCUAUUCUCCGCCGUCUUCGUUCUUCUCGCUGAACUUGCCCAUCCAUCGCUCUGAGAGCAACCCCAUCAUCACGCCCCUUCUCGCGAUCGUCCCUGCGUCAACGGGCAGCACGCGUCUCCUCUCUGUCUACGACCUCGUCACGUCUUCGUUCGUCUUUUACGCGCGGCCUCCUGCGUCGCCGAAGGACGGGCGCGCGGUCGGCUGCGUAAGUUCGCCCUCGCCCCUGCUGCUGCGCCCGCCUCGCAGCGCUGCAGAAGGCGACGCGCUCGCAGGCUUCGUGGCGAGUUCGACUCCUGUCUCUGGACGUCGUCACAAGCUGUGGACGUGCGCAGUCGGAGACGGCGGAGGAAGCGGACCGGGCUCUCCGGGGUCUGCUUUGGCGCAGGCCUCUUCACGUCUGUGCAUCUCCGGCACGGCGUGGCUGCCCGCGCUGCAUCCUCUGCUGCUCGCUGCCUCGAGCACCGACGGCAAUUUGCUCGUCUACGAUCUGCGCGCCUCGCCUCAUCCGUGCGUCGUGGCUCAGCACCCCCGCGCCUCUGAGGGCGGGGCUACCCCCCGUCCCUGCGUGCCUUGCGCUGGACCGCUGGAGCCUUCCUCCAGCAGCACACGGCGGAGUGCGCCUCCGCGCGGCCAGGCGAGCGGCUCUCCGCCGCCAAAGAAGCUGCUGCUGCUGCAAGCCGACACGGCUCCGUCGCCCUCGUCGCCCUCCCCUCCUGCACCCGCGACGCCGUCUGGCCGAGUCCCGCCAAACGCGUCGGGGGGGAGGCCGCCGCGACCCUUCUCAUUCAUCACGAGUGCGCCCUGGCUCACGUCGGCGGCCGUGGCUCAUGAAGCCUCCAUCCUGCCCUGUACCUGCUGCUGCUGCAUGGCUAGGGCUUCUUCUCUGCAGGGAGCGCCGCCGCCUCAUUCUGCGACUCCUUGUUCCGCACCUUCUUCUGGCGCGCCUGCGCCUCCACGCAGCAGCAGAAGCCACCUCGAGCCCUCGCAGGCGUCGCCUCAGCCCCCGGCUGAGAGCGAGGCCGCCGAACGCGGUACCGAGGAUACGGAGACGCCCGCGCCUCCGCAGGCGGGUAGGCGAGCGGAGGGCGGCGCGGAGAGAGCCUCGCGGCAGGGGGCCGUGAAGCUCCACGGUGGUCGAGCAGAGCGAGGCGCUUGCAUUGACUCGGAAUCAGCCGCUCCCGUUUUUGACGGGGUAGCUGCUGGACAUCGAGGAGAUCUACCGAGCGAAGGCACAGCAACAACCGACGGUCAGGAAAACACAUCGGUGGAGGGGUUCAGGUCUGUCACCGGGAGGCCGCACCCCUCAGAGUUCGGAGCGGGCGGCGACCCUCUGUCGGUCUUUACGGGAUGCGACGCGGCGAUUAUUUUCAAGCCGCGCAACUGCCGUCGGCCGCGUCCCCCCGCCAGAAGCAGCCGAUCAGCAGAUUGCGUCUCCUCUCCCCGUGCAGACAAGCAGGCGUCUAGCCUAGUCGUUCUUGCGCAGGCCUCAGGCUCGGCGCCCGAACAAGCGUGUCGGAGAAAAGAGCAAGAGGCAGAUCAGAGGAGACUGAACUCAGCGCCUGCCUCUGCCAGCAGGCAGGACUCCGCGGGAGGUUUGCGCGGUACUGAUGACGGUCCUUCCAAAAGUCGACGACAGGCCGCAGAAGCGCCCGAUCAAAUGAGGGAGAGGCUUGGAACGGAGCUCACAGCUUCUGGCGCAGAAUGCACCCAGGGCGAUGACGUAGCGUCGACGUCAAAUUCCUUAUGUUCCUCCUCACAGCCGCCCCUGCGAGACUGCAUGGGUGCAGGCAAGUCAACGCCAACGCCGCCUGGCGGGUCCAACGCUGCAGGGGGGUCUCCGACCCCGGAGCGACUUGCGCAGAACGAAGAAUGGAAAGCUUGCUGGUUUUCCCAGGAACAGCGACGCUUCCUGCGGUUCGCCUCUCGGCGCAUUUUAGGUGAAGCCGAAGCUGAGCCAAGCAGCCAGCCACUGCAUGCAUCCGUGGAGACAUCACCAACGUGCUCGACUGACUCGCACGCGCCUUCUCACCGCUUGUUCCGCGCGCCCCCGGAGUCUUCUGCCUCUGCGGCGCUGCAUGAGAGAACCCAUGAAAUUGAGGAAGACUUCCGCUCCCUCUCCUCAGCUGUCUCUUCCGCGGGCGGCGCUGCCGCCCGCGGCCACCAUCCGCUUGCGGACCGAACUGACACCUUCGCAAUCUGCUUUCUCGCGUCUCUGGAUCAGGCGCUUUUCCGUGGCAUGCCUACGGCAGCUGAAUCGCCUGCUGUGGAGCAUACCGCUCUUGCCGUGGCUGCCGCGCUUCUCCGCAUCUCUGCGUCGCCAUGUUCAGUCUUCACGUCUUUCCCCGACUUCUCGUGCUUGCCUCUUGCCGCAGUCCAGCCGCGUUCCCGGGUGGAUUUUACUGCCUUGCAAGCACUCGCAAAGUCCGCGGCGGACGACGCGCAUCCCUCGCCUGCGGACGCCGGGGCACGCACACGCGCACUCGUCAUGCGUUUCCUCUCUGCAGCGGCCGCCGCGGCGCUCUCCAAUCUCCGUCUGUCGCACCGGCUCGAUCAGCACAUGGUCAUGGCGCAGCUCGCGGGUCACCAGCAGGUGCAGCUGCUGAAGCUGCUCCACUCUCGCAUGCCGCACCCGCGACGCCCGUUGACGCCGGAACGCGUGGAGGAAAUCGCGCGAUCGCUCGCGCGUCUCCUGCGACUCCUUCGAGGCCAGGAAGAACGCCCACACCCCAACAGGGGGGCUGCGGAGGGGGCGUUUUGCUCAGCGACCAGGGGACGGAAGCUCAAGCGACGAAAACAAGAGACGCCGCAUCAGGAGGCUGACCAGGAGAAGAUCGACACGGACUCCACCGCUGCCCUGGAGCGCCUCCAACAGCCGGAUGGCGGCGCCCAGCAGAGCUCCGGUGCCUCCACAAAUCCAGUUCGGGUUGUAGACGGCGAGGGGAGUCAGCUUUCACCUGCCUUCGUCUCCCGCGUGGCGCGCCUCUAUGCGCAACUGCUUGUCGCCGGCGCCUGGGCGGACGGAGAGGAGAAGAAAGAAGGCGAAAGUGGAGGGGAGGCGCCUGCUGCCAGGGCGAAGGGGGAACGAGGCACGGCGUAUUCUCGCGACGCGGACAGCGGCCUCUCGAAGCCCCUACACGACGAGAAAGGGUCUCAGGCGGAUGUGGAGAGCGCGCAGACGUAUUUCCAGCGCAACUUCGAGAUUCUGCACUACCGGAACGCUCUCCAGGUGCUUCGCUAUGCCGCGUCUGCUUUGUUUGUCUUCGGAGAUGCGCCUUACCUCUUGGACCGGGAAGGUGGAGAGCCGCUGUCUGCGGCCUCUCAGGCGAUUCGCGCAGCGGUGCUCGCGUGCUCCCCGUGCCCUCCGCAAAAGAGGAACUGGCAAGGGCUGCCUCGUGGGACCGCGCCAGGCUCUGAGAAGGCGGGCGAGAGCUCGCGUCAACCGGGGAACGCGGAGCCGACUCCGCUGCGGAGUGCGCGAAGUGGACAAGGGCACCUAGGGAACCCAGGCGUCCAUUGCAGCGCCUGCGCAGGAGACGAGUCCGCAGUCAAAACGAAGAUGCGCAGGUGGCUGGCGGAGGAGCUCGAGCGGGACAUACGUGGAGUAUUCCGCUUAGGGCAACAGGAAAAGGAACGAGACGCCGACACUCGACUGGAACGCAAAGCCCGGAGAGCUGGAAUCAGAGCUCUAGCGGAGACGGCGGUUGCGUCAUUAUGCAUGUGUGAGCUCUUUCUCCCGACGUCCUUCUUCCCCUCUGUGCUGUUCAGUGCCCUGCGGAUGACGGGUGCGGCGGACGGGGCGCCCAUCCAGAGAAACUGCAUGAGAGUGCUUCCGGUCUCAGACCAAGUUUUUCACUCGCUGGCGCAGGCCCAACGCCUUCAGCUGCGGACGCUGGGCAGUCCGAACUUGUCUUCAGCCUUUCUUGCGUCUCGCGCGCGCCGGAAGCUUGUGGAAGGCGCGCUUAAACCCGCGCUCGCCGGCCAGGAAAGGUUCUUGAGGCCUCUAUUGCAGUCCGCCGCUUCAUGCUCAGCCCCGCCCGUUGCCUCCAUCGCAUCUACGGCAGGUCAAGCCCGCACACUGUCGCCUUCUGCGGAUAGCCUCCGCACUCCCUCAGCUGCAGGCGGAACGCUUCCCAACGUCGGCAGCGGAGGCGCGGCCUCUCCGGCGCAGCGUUCUGCGCUAGGGGGGCUGACCGGGCGGAGGGAGCUACAGGGAAGGACUCUGCGCGUCAAAGGCGAAACGCGCAGUCAGCAGCUCUUCUGCGUCGACGCGCGCGGGCACGUCUGCGUCCUCACUGUGUCUCUGUUGGUCAUGCCGCCCGGCGCUUCGCCAAAUCCGACGGAGGCGGGGAAUCCGAGCGCGCAGGACGUCUGCCCGCAGCGACGCCUAGACUCACCUCAAGAGCCGCGUGAGCCAUCCGGUGCCUGUGGACGCAGACUGGGCGCGGUUGUCCCUGAGACUCAGGCAGCCGCUCGGCAGGCAUCUCGAGGUUCAUCGGAGUCGCCGCCGAACCGGAGUCUCCGCGCGAAGCUGAAGAACUCAGGGCCGACGGCAGAGCAGACUGAGAACGCUGUGAGGGAGGAGCGCCUACGGGUGCGCAGGGAAAUCGAUGAACUCGUGAAGGGAGAUGGAGAAGACGGAGAGGACGGAGAACAGCAAGACACACGCAUCAUUUUUUCCGCGUCUGUUGACGCCGGGAAAGACAAGCACUUGGAACGAACCCUGCGCAGAGAAACCUGUGCGGCGUGCUGUGGCGCGGCUCGAGGCGAGGCGGCGGUCCCCCGGCCGCGGCGUCUGGUGGCUGGUCGUCAGCCGCCGGGCGAGAGAACCGGCUUUUUCCGCGACCCUUAUGCCCUCGAUCCCGCCCAGCAGGCUCUGGAGUGCAGAGGCGACGACGAGCCACAGCCCAGCGAUGGGCCUAUUAGCCGUGGCGGCAGCGGCAGGAAGGGGAAGGCGCACGAGAAGCAAAGUGCGAGAGGACCGGCGAAAAGCCAGAGCCACGCGACACUGCAGGAGAACUCGGACUCCACGCCGCCAUGCAGUGCAAUGGGAGCUGCGCGUUUUGGUCAGGAACAGGCAAGCGGGUCUCUUGCGGACGCGUUUCUUGACAAGCUACCUCUGUUACCGGUCUGGAGGUUUCCUCGCCGGUCUUCGGAGUCCGGAGAGUCCUUGCUGGUGCCUUCUUCGUCCAGCUCUUCAAGCGCAACACACGCAGGCGGCGUCGCCGAAUCGCCUUCAAAUGCGCAUGAGUCGGUAGCUCUGCCGUCGUCUUCUCAGCCUACCGCCUCUGGAGCGCCAGCCCACGACAGAGAGACGGCUUCUCCAGGAGCCCAGGGCAGGGGCAAAGCGCGAAAGGCACCAAAAUGCACAGCAGUGCCGCAGCAGGAAGCGGAUGCUUCUCUGGUUGUGGCCGCAGCGGCUCAGAUGCCCCGUCUGUUCGUCGCCGUUGAAGAAGACAUCUGCUUUUCUGUCCGCGGGCGGAGCUCACGGGGUGCCGGAUGCGGCGGCGCACAGAGCAGCAGGGUGGCCUCGUUGGCGGUUCAUGAGAACGCAUCUUACGUCUUUCUCGCCACAUCGGCGCCGUCGUUUCUGCUUUACACAAGCUCCGCGGCCCUGCCUCCCUACCGGCACCACGACAGACUCGUUUUCGGCUCUGCCCUCGCCGCCCACUCGGCCUCUUCGCUCUUUCAUCCAGUGACCGCAGGAGCCGCACGGGGCGUGCGCGGCUCUUCACCUGAGGUGCCUAGCGAGCCGUCGUCGCGCGCUGCCUCUGCCUGCGAGGCUGUCUCGCGCGGCGGAUGCGAUGCGUGCCCGUUCUCCGUUGCUUUCGUCCUGCCGGAUGCUCCACGUGGCCCUCGCCCGCCGCCACCUCUCCUUUUGUCGGCUUCCCCGCUACUCCCGUCGUACCCGCCCCCACCCUUCCUUCCACCUUCUCUGGUCAGGCCUUCAGCAGAAUCCUCAGCGACCCUCGGGAGUGCGUGCUUCGCCGGAGGGGCAGGGAAGAAGGCGGCGGGUGGUCGCGGCAGCGCAUGCUGUGCUGGAGGGCAUGUGCACGGUGCGAAGAAAGGACGCGAGGACCGCAAGGAAACCGUCUUCUCAGACUGGCUCACUGAAGACGAAGAUGACUUUCUCAGCAACGAGAGUGAUGAAGAGGCGCGCGGCAGCGACGACUGA